AAUCUUCCCGAACCUCGUAUUCCCAUUUCAUUUCACCAAAAGUCAGUUGUUUUUUUCUGCAACUUCCGACCAUUGUAUCUCCAGAAUUUUCUGAUCAAAGAUUUCCAGAGGGCGCUUUUCGUAGCAUGGCCUUGGUUACGACUGCAGAAGUAUGUGACGCAAACCCACAGCUAAUUGUGAGCGGGGAGCUCCGUGCUCUCCAGCCAAUUUUCCAGAUAUAUGGCAGGCGCCAAGUGUUCUCCGGUCCAAUUGUCACCCUGAAAGUGUUUGAAGAUAACGUUUUGGUACGCGAAUUUCUUGAGGAGAAAGGCAAUGGCAGGGUUUUGGUUGUUGACGGGGGUGGCAGUUUGAGGUGCGCAAUCUUGGGUGGCAACCCCGUGGUGCAAGCUCAGAACAACGGGUGGGCGGGAAUCGUGGUCAACGGCUGCAUAAGGGACGUGGAUGAGAUCAACGGUUGUGACAUCGGGGUGCGGGCUUUGGCUUCCCAUCCGAUGAAAGCCAACAAGAAGGGUAUCGGGGAAAAGCACGUUCCAAUAACUAUCGCUGGGACCAGAAUCUGCGAUGGGGAAUGGCUUUACGCUGAUACUGAUGGUAUUCUAAUCUCCCGAAAUGAGCUUUCCGUGUAACUCUGGACCUCGUCUCGCCACAUUCUUCGUUCUUGAGGAAUGAAGUUGUGGCAAAACAUUGUUUCGCGGAGAUUAUGAAAGCAUAUAUGCAUCAUUUUCAUGUAUUAUUUCCUGGUAUUGCUCUAUAAUAUAUUCAUUUGGGAUGUUAUAUUCUCCUUUGAAGAUGAUGUUUUUAUGAACCGCACAAGGGAUUUGUAAUUACUAUUUAUGUUAGUUCUAAAACUCAAAUUUCCACUUUAAUUUGGCUUUAUAACCUAUCUGGGCAUUAUUUU